UCAAUUCAACUAAACUCAUAUUUAACUUUCUUCUCAGCCAGGAGCCAGGUCUACAUUGUCAUUGCUGGGCCGUUCGCGUUGAUAAGAGCGGGGGCGCGCAAACGAUAGGAAGCACCCCACCCUCAAGAGCACGAAGCCUUGCGCGUGCUCAAGAGACAGUAGUUUCCGUUUUGUUUCCUGCGUGUUGUGGGCAGAUUUCUGCGCGGAGCGCCUACUCUCCACUGCUUGCCAGCUUUGAAAACGCUUAAAUUGCAGAGUCAGCGGCAUACUCCUGACACAACAGGCACGGUCCAUUGAGGAACCCAGAUAUGGAUGCUGAGCAGAACCAGGUGUUGGACACCGCAUCAGAGACUCGCGAGCAACAGGAGACUGGAGCAGGAGACUGCCCCCAGUCACAACACGACUCUCCAAUAGAUCCUGCAGAAUCACCAGUGACGAGGCAAGAAAUGGAGCAUUUGCAAGAUGUGGUUACAGAAUCAGGACCGUCAGAAGACACGCAAGAGACGGCGCCUAAAGCAGAAAAAUCCCCAAUGAAAAUGGUUGUAUCUCCUGAGAAGGUUCCAGAGACCUCUACAGAAGUUGUGACUAAAGCAGAGAAGUACCCAGAAAAACAACCAGAACUAGAGAGCUCAACAGAGGUCUCUGAGCCAGCUACAGCAAUGUACGUAGAACGUGAAAACAUCCAGACCGCAGAGCCUAAAAAGCAGCCAAUGCCAGAGAGAACACCAGAGCCUCUAGCAGAGAAUAACAUUGAAACUGCGCCAGAGAAAAUAGCAGAACCCGUCCCAGAGGCUGUUAAACUGUCUGAGCAGGCAGCGCCCGAGCUUGUCACACAGCCAGAAUCUGAGGACGUGAAACUGCUCGAACCAGAAGAGAAAGGGCCUGAGGAAUCUGAGAAUCAGGCAGAAUCUGGUAUUGUGUUGGAGGUGGUGCCAGAGAUGCCAGCGGAGCCUGAAACUGUAAAGGAAGUGGAGGCAGACAGAGCGACCGACGCUGAAAUUGUACCGGAACCAGAGCCAAAGAAAUCAGUAGCGGCUGAGACUGUGAAGAAAGUGGAAGCAGAGAAACCGGUAGCAGCUGAGAUUGUGAAGAAGGUGGAAGCAGAGAAACCGGUAGCGGCUGAGACUGUGAAGAAGGUGGAAGCAGAGAAACCGGUAGCGGCUGAGACUGUGAAGAUGGUGGAAGCAGAGAAACCGGUAGCGGCUGAGACUGUGAAGAUGGUGGAAGCAGAGAAACCGGUAGCGGCUGAGACUGUGAAGAUGGUGGAAGCAGAGAAACCGGUAGCGGCUGAGACUGUGAAGAUGGUGGAAGCAGAGAAACCGGUAGCGGCUGAGACUGUGAAGAUGGUGGAAGCAGAGAAACCGGUAGCGGCUGAGACUGUGAAGAUGGUGGAAGCAGAGAAACCGGUAGCGGCUGAGACUGUGAAGAUGGUGGAAGCAGAGAAACCAGUAGCGGCUGAGACUGUGAAGAUGGUGGAAGCAGAGAAGACAGUAGCAGCUGAGACUGUGAUGGAAAAGAAACUGGUAGAAGCUGAAAUUGAAAAAGAAGUCGGGUCAGAGAAACAGGCAGAAGGUGAUGCAGUGGAGCAGCAGAAGGCAGAAGUUGUCGAGCAGGUCCCUGCUCCUGGCACUUUGUCUUUCGCUUUCCUGGAGCAUGAGCAGACCAAAGCCACCCUUCGCACCUCUCGCACUCUAAUCAUCCUCCGAGGCCUCCCCGGCAGCGGCAAGAGCCUCUUGGCACGUGCCAUUGCAGAUAGCUACCAGGGUCUCUGCACUGUCUGCUGUGCUGAUGACCAUGGUGUGAAACCAGAGAGUCCAGAAGCAUCGGCAGAUGGGUACAAGGCUUUUGACGAUGCUGUGGUAGCCUGCUGCAGUGUAGGAACAUCUGCUCAAGUGAUUGUGGUGGAUGACACCAACCAUACCCAUGAUCGGCUGGCCCGUCUGGGGGAAGUAGCAGAGCAGCACCGGCUGGUGGCCAUGUUUCUGGAGCCCCGCACUGAGUGGAGCAGAGACUUGCCACAGUUGGCCAAGAGAACUCUGCGGGGGCUAGAGGAAUCCCAGAUCCAGGCCAUGAAAGUUCCUCUUGAGGAGACAUCCCUGCCCCUUUUCUUUGGCUGGUUCCUUCUCCCUGGCAUCCAGGACAAGGUCAGGUGCACGUCCAUGGAUUUCCUGAAGACAUUGGACACGCUUGAGGCCUUCAAGAAGCACUUGCCUGACUUCACUGUUGAGGCUGAGAAAGAGGUGGACCUGGAGCAGUAUUUCCAAGCCAAUGGAGCUCUUCAUUGCACUACCAAAUUCUGUGACUAUGGCAAGGCUGAGGGAGCCAAGGAAUAUGCAGACAAACCAAUUGUUAAAGAGUUGUAUGGCUCUGCGUUCGAGCUGUCCCUCAGUGCCCUCUUCGUCACACCUCGCACUGUUGGUGCCCGGGUUUCACUCUCUGAGGAUCAGUUAACCCUGUGGCCUGCCGACGCUGAGAAGGAGGCAGUCCCUCUAGUCCCGGCUGCCGCCACCCUGCCCGCAGGCAGCCGUGCCCACAUCACCCUGGGCUGUGCGGAGGGGGUUGAGCCACAGCAGACUGGCUUUGACCUGCUGGAGAUCCUAGCGCUGCAGAAAGAGGGUCAGGAGGGAGAGCUGGUGGAGGAGAUGGAGCUCGGCUCCCUGGCCUACUACGGCAAGGGGAGGUGGCUGCUCAGUCUGAGGGAGCCCGUCUCCGCCCAGGCCUGCUUCUCCAGCCUCUACGGGCCCAAGAAGGCCGACACGACCAAGAAAGACGGGGACAAGAAGAAGAAGCAAAAGUGCACCAUACUGUAAAGGAGAGGGGGAAGGUGGUGGUAAAGGAUGGCUCGGGAUGAGUGGCGUACUAGUGUUCUGAUUUGUCUGUGGGGAGGUUUGUGUUUGUGCUACUUUUGGGGUUUGGGAGGCGUCUUGGAUAUCCACCCCAAAUCCACAAGCUGUGUGCCUUUCUCUAUUGCUUUGCUGCACAACCCAAGAGGCCUUUAAACCACAGUUUAGGUCAAGCUUAGCAUCUUGUUCAGUGUCUUGUCAUGCGUUUUAGUGCCAUAGUUGCAAUUGGAUAGGAUUUCUGUAGACAAGGCCUGAUUUCAUGGCUCAGAUGUAGUACUGCUGUACCUAGUACCGCUUCUCCCCGUUUGUGACCACUAUUUUUCCCUACUCAAUUCACGUCUAACACUAUAUACAACCCCUUCCGCAUAUGUCAGUGUUAAGCAUUUAGAUGUGUUUUCAUGUUUGGUGUGAGUGGCUCAAAUAGUAUUUUCAUCGCAUGCCAGAUUUUUCCGUUUAGCUGAUGUAGUUCUAGUCAUGAUUAGCUUCUUUGCAAGAAGUUGCACAUCUCUUUCAGUAAUUUCUCGUGACACUGGUCAUUUCCUGUGAUUUAGUCAGUCGGCCCUGUCAUGUGUUUGCAUUUGUAUGUGUGUGUUUAGUACGAAGGAAAGAGCUGGGUAAUUUCAUAAGUAGCUCAUGGGCCAAAAGGGUGUCUGUGUGCUUGAUUUGAUGAACUGUGAAUGUCAUUCAUCGAGGUCAUUCCUAAUUAACUCUUUUUGCACGAUGCAGCAGAAAUCAAAGGGAGAAUGCUGAUGAAUGUGCAGUUUGUUUGAUUAGCUGGCACUUACUUGGUACUUAUCAAAUGCUGUGAAACCAAGGCCACAAUUUGCAAUAUUCUGUAGUAUAGGUGACUGCAGCCUGGGAUCAUCCCUCUUUCUGUCAACCAUAGUUUUCGCAUGUCCAGUUGUAUGUAUUCACUGUCUUUUCAUGACUGAUGUGUAGGUCUCUUAGGGCAAAGCCAUGCUUGUGUAUUUCUUCCAAUGAGUCACUAUUUUUGCACAUGUUUUGUACACUUAAUAAAGGAAUUUGUUUUGCGGCAAAUA